AUGAAUGAAGGACUCGAAAGCUCGAUUUCCACCCUAGUCCACCAGAAUGCGGCUGCCAUGCAAGAAUUAAAACUUGAUUUCGAGCUCGCCAAGUACCAAUUUCUGGUAACUUCGGAGCGCGUCGAGGCCGGAAUGAAUAACGUGAAGGAGCGGCUGAAGCUGAUGCUUAUUCACCAACAACGGAUCACCGUGAAGGAGCAUUUGGAUGUUUGUGUGACUGCCGCCUGCUCAAGCUUCUCUUUGCAUCGAAUACACCGGCUGUAUCGCGUAUUACUAACGUUGAUUUCACUGGAACACAUCAUAUUGACUGAGAAUCACUUCUCAAUUCAAGAUACAUGGCUACCUUUGGUCACGGGUGUCGGCGAGAUGCUUGCAAUCCAGGACAUGUCAUCCACUCGAAAGAAUUCUUCCAUCAUCGAAACCGAGAGGGAUGAAGGAGAUAUAUGUGACAGGGUACAGGGAGACAUGAAUCCGAAGCCUGAAUCCUUGACUGGAGCGCAAUCCACUUUUGGGGCUGUGGACAAGAAUGAGCUGUUUAAAGCAAACGCUGGGCGUGCCGCCAUAUCGGGUCACGAUGGAAACGUUGGUCCGCCACCUCAAUAUGAUCUCCCACCUCUUCCACCUCCGGUAAUGAACUCUGACUGGGGGGAUCUACACGUCUCCGGAGCUGUUUCGCAUCCCAGGAUAUCCGUCGAAGCCCUUUCCUCGACACCACAUGGACUUUCAGAUAUCAUGGCUGAUAUGACUCCCGAGAACACCCUGGACAUCAUUGAAGCUGACCUUGGCCAUUUCGCUCCUUCACCUUCCUUCACUGCUACUGUUAUGCUCCCUCCACCUCUCUCAAGUCCACUUUUGGUAACUCCGCCUCUCUCUCUAUCUUUCGCGCAAGAUUGUUCCCCGUGCGCCGGUCGCACGCCGAGUAUUUCGCAAGACUACUUAGUUGACACAUCGAUUGACCUGAUCGAGGCAGAGCUAAAGUCGUCGACGACGUCGGACAAUUGUUCGGUUUUCAAAUCUUCACCACUACUGCUUUUGUAUACUCCCCCUUCGCUACUUGCUUCUUUCAGUGAUUUCGACCCUUCAAUGACAAGUAUUUCUUCCGCUUCUUGUUUGGGUCUCGCUGUCAACCUACCGUCCGAGCAUUCAAGAUUCUUCGAAGAGCACAAUCCUUUGGUCGACCCCGAGUUGUCUGCAAAUUGGAACGACUUUGGCUAUACACCCUCUCCCGCCAACGGGCUCUCUACGUCGUCGUUCGCUCCCGCUACUACACCUAUUGUGCCGGGAGUUUCAUCGCCCAGGAAACGCCAUCCGAAUAUUCUUACGAGCAGAAUUCUGCGUUCAUUUUUCUCAUCUUUUACUCCCUCAUUGAAGCGUUACAUCAAGCAUUCUCAGUUCCCUUCUUUCUUCGUUUCACGCUCGGUCGUCAACUGCUUCAAAACUUCUGGUCUUCGUAAGGGUCGAUAUCGGAAUCAAAGAAGAACCCUAAUGCCUACAUCUACUAUUAUUGGUGGGAGAGUCAAAGUCCGCAAGAUCCAAGUGCUCACUGCUUGGAUCCUUACAGAAGAUUAG